GGGAUUGAAGGUUCGAACAAAAAAAAAACCUGGAGCCCUCAUCUUGGCAUUGUGAGGUUGUGCAUCGUACGACGGCAUUAUAUAAUGUUUCCGCCGCCGCCGCUGCUGCUGCUGCUAUUGUUGUUGUUGCCGCCGCACGAUAAUGAGGGCCGCGCGCGCUGUCUUGCGUGAGGCGAGCCGCGGAAUGUGUGUGGCGACUUGGCAACACCCUGCCCUGCUUGCUCCACGUCAUCGCCACAUGGGGACCAAUGGGACCAAAUCGCACGGGUACAUGUAGCCACACACGCCGCCGCCGUGCCGGCCUUUUACAGUGCUGUAUUUGACUCGUAGCCACAUUACCGCACGUGUAACAAACGAUAUCUCCUUUUUUUCCCCCCUUACAAAGCCCGUCCAUCCAGUUGUAGACUGAGCCAGGAGCAGAGUGUUCGUCUUUAAUUUGCUAGUUUUUUUGUUAAGGCACGUGUGCACCUUUGUUGAAAGUAGCAGCAGAGCGACGUGUCGGAGUCCCCGGCAGAAGGGACGGCCGAUGUGCUCGACGAUCUGCAGACGCUCGAAGUGCGGGACAACUCCAGCAGCGACGAGGAUGAGUUCUACGACGCCGACUCGUACGCAGAAUCCGUUUCCGUGAAAGCGCUGCAGAGGUUUAGCAACUGUUCGGCGGAGUCGAGCGACUCGGCGAGGAUGUCCGACCCCGGCGCUCAGGACAAUGGCGAGGAGAGCCACGCCAAUGGCAUCAAGAAGCGCAGGACCAGCCUUCCAGCACCCAUGUUCUCCAGGAGCAACUUCAGCAUCUGGAGCUUCCUGCGGAGGUGCAUUGGCAUGGAGCUGUCCAAGAUCACCAUGCCGGUGAUAUUCAACGAGCCGCUGAGCUUCCUGCAGCGGCUGUGCGAGUACAUGGAGCACACGUACCUCAUCCACAAGGCCAACACCUCCAGCAGCUCCAUCGAGCGCAUGCAGUGCGUAGCCGCUUUUGCCGUGUCAGCAGUGGCAUCGAACUGGGAGCGGACGGGGAAACCCUUCAACCCGCUCCUGGGAGAGACCUACGAAAUGGUCCGGGAGGACCUGGGCUUCCGGUUGGUGUCGGAGCAGGUGAGCCACCACCCGCCCAUCAGCGCCUUCUUCGCCGAGGGCCUCAACAAGGACUUUGUGUUCCACGGCUCCGUCUACCCUAAGCUCAAGUUCUGGGGCAAGAGCGUGGAGGCCGAGCCGCGUGGAAUCAUCACGCUGGAGCUGCCCAGGUACGGCGAGGCGUACACGUGGACUAACCCCAGCUGCUGUGUGCACAACGUGAUCGUGGGCAAGCUCUGGAUAGAGCAGUACGGCACGGUGGAGAUCACCAAUCACAAAACGGGCGACAAGUGCAUUCUCACGUUCAAGCCCUGUGGGCUGUUCGGCAAGGAGCUUCACAAGGUGGAGGGAUACAUCCUGGACAAAAACAAGAAGAAGGUGUCUGUGAUCUAUGGCAAAUGGACGGAGGUGCUGUGGUCUGUUGACCCUGGCAUCUACGAGGUGGGGAAGAAGAACGACAAAAAGUCUACCGAGAAGCUGGCCAAGCUGGUGGCCGCGGAGUCGAGCGGCCCGUCCGGCCAGCAGGCGGAGGCGGAUGAGGCGGAUGACAUCCCCACGCCGGAAGUGCCAGAGACCGUGACAGUGCUGCCCGGGAGCAAGCUGCUUUGGCGCGUGCAUCCGCGCCCCGCAAACUCGACACAGAUGUACAACUUCACAAGCUUCGCGCUCACGCUGAACGAGAUGGAAAAGGAGAUGGAGGGACUGCUGGCACCCACGGACUGCCGAUUGCGCCCAGACAUGAAAGCGAUGGAGCAGGGUGACAUAGACCUUGCCGGCGAAGAGAAGAACAGGCUAGAGGAGAAGCAGCGAGCGGCGCGCAAGCAGCGUGCCAAGACUGAGGAGGAGUGGCACACGAGGCAAAACAUUCCAAACGGAAGGUGGUUCCGGCAGGACUUGAACCCCCACACGUCCACCGCGGACUGGAUCUACGCAGGAAAUUACUUCGACCGCCGGUAUGAAAACUGCCCCAACAUCUUCUAAGGGAGCCUACGGGGGGGGGCACCGCCGCCGCCGCCACCGCCGCCGCCGCCGCCACCAACUCUACCCACCACCUCCAGCUCCGCUUGCUUUCCCGGCUCGCCCUCUCUACCCCCCUCGCUGGACCUUGCAGCCGGAGAAGGGGGCGGGCGGCGGCGGCAGCAGCAGCAGCAGCAGCAGCCUCUUGGACUGACGUCGCGCGCGCAGAAGAACCCAUCUCUAACUUUGCACGGCCGGUGAUGACGACGACGGCCCGUCUUGCCGCCCGAACUGUGGGGCAACCGGCUCCACCGUCAAAAAGGACGAGCACCAUCCUCCCACGCCACCACCUCUCCCACCGCCACCAUCGCCGCCGCGUGCAGCCCAACCUCCGCGUAACUUAUUGUCGGCGCGACGUGCGCGGGAGGGGCACAGCCGGGCGACGGUCACUCCCCACGCUGUUCAAAGUACCCAACGCUAACGGGACACUGUCGGGAUUUUAGCAGGUGACUAUCAUGUCGGUAUCUUCGUAUGCUGUUGGUUUAUUGUUUUUAUUUACCCACCACGCCAGAUCGCACGGUUUUUUUGUUGUUGUUGUUCCUUUAAACUUAUCGGUCUUGUUCAGUUCCUGCUACCGUUUCUCGACUCGUAGCUACCGACCCCCCCCCCCCCCACCCCCCGGUCCCACCCCCGCCUCUUCAAGUGUCCCAAUGUGUUUUAAAACGUUGUGUCCGUCUGUGCCGUAAGAAUGUCUUCACGCAGGGGUGUCGUAGCUGUUAUUUUAAACAGGUAGCUACAACCUUGCCCUCUAUAAUCACCCACCGCCCAGGCGUUCCCUAAUAAAUGAAAUAUUUAAAGGUGAGUAUUGCAGAUGUAAAGCGAAACAGAACAUUAAAUGUGAACGUAACGUAUCAGUUAAACUGCCAGAACAUUUGAAUUGAAUUGACCCAAAACAAUUUAGAUAAAGGCUUUGCACUUCGACAAAGAACCGAAUUUUUCCUUCAUAAACCAUUGGUGCCAUUUCGCUGAAAAAAUUUUUCCGUCAGUUUAACGACCAUGUGCUCUUAGCCCACGACUUGGUGUACCCCCACCAACAAUGUAAACGUGUCUUUUCAAAUUUCAGCCCAUAUCAACGUAACCUGUAACGCGCAGCUCGACGGGUAAUGAGAAUUGUCGGCCGAUUUUUCUAUUUUACCCGCAAAGCCCGCUCAACGAUGAAAUGCUUUGCAUGCCCUGAAUACCGCGCAGAAAAACGCCUGCGCCGGACUCGCCACAGGAGAACCCCCCCCGUCCCCAUCCCCGUACCCAGCCGCUGCAGUGAUGCAGAGCCGUGAGCGAUUAACUCGAGACCAGGGCUGCCCAAACUUCCUGACCCUAUGAGCCACAUACCAACAUCCUCACAUGGCCUAACACACAAACACGGUGCUCACGCCGAUCGGCUUUGGAGUUUUAAAUUUAGAAGUCUGGCCCCGGGAGUGCUCACGACUGGCUCUGCUGCCAGGAGCGAGUGUCCCAGGGCCUCUCCCGCUUAUCCGGGUUCCCCCCCCCCCCCCCCCCCGUUUCAAAUAAAGUUACGUUGAAAAGUAAAAAAUAAUUAGCUGACGUCUCUGUGGAGCAACGCUUGAAUUGCCUGGGAGCGAGAGCUGCGUGCGCGGAUCGCGAGCCGUGGGUUGUGGGCCCACUCCUCGUGUCUCGUUGGAGUGGUUUUAUUCGUGACUCAUCGCCCUGUAGGCUCUCGCCUCAACCUCCCCUCCCCUCUUUCCCUCUGAACCCAACCACCUUUGCGGUCAUCCAUCCUGGACCCUACAACAACAACCACAUUCUCACUAAGGGGGGGGGGGGGGGAGGUUGGGGGUGUUCGCACGCCUUUCCACCACGGACACGCACGUGCGCGCGCGAGUUUGCGUAUCUUCCGUGCGCGCGAGCGUGCUGAUUGGCGGCGUCGUGAUCUGCGCGCUCGGCUACGAUCCUGGCCGCUUGGGUUUAACUCCCUCUGGGCCGACUCUUGUUUUAACGGAGUCUACCUGCGGCUGUUUGUGAACAUCGUCGCGACGCAGACGGCCCGGACACGGUGCUGCCCACGCCAUCCCCCCCUCGUGCGCCAUGCUGGCCCUGUGCGGCGAUCGCUAUCGGCACCUUGCCCCCCCCCCCCCCCCCCCGCUCGCCGGCCUGUAAAGGCUACACGGGGAUUUUGGCGAUGGGGGGUGAGGGCGCUAUCUUUGUGCGAGACUACUAGCGUGUGCGUGUUGUACUCAUUUUUAACGUGACGUGUGCGGUGGGGGGGGGGGGCAGCGCCUACCAAAGUCGGGGGUGAGAGAGGGGGGGCGGACCUUGUUCUCUUGUGAGCCCCCCCCCCCAACCUCUCCCACCGUCCUCUCCUCGGGCCGCUGAGAUCUGUGCCGCGUGCGUCUCUGGUGGGAGCUGGAACCGCCGAACAAUCCGUAACUUAUUUGUAAAGUUUAUUCUGUGCCGAUGCAAUUGGUAAAAACAAAAUAAUAAUAAUAACCGAUGUCGACGACUUGAGACGAAUGUUGCGUUGCUGGGAGCUGCAGGACGAAUUAUGGACAUGUAAGCAAUAUGGUGUAAUGUAUAUUUUUUUAAUAUAUAGCUUCUCUAUCCGUGUUUAAUUUUGGAGAGUUAUACCGGUGUUGUGUAUUUUUGUUAUAGCCUACUUGGACGUCUGUUGUUGGGUUGGAGUGGCGCUUGAAAUUUUAUCUUUUUUUAUUUUAAUAUUUCUUGAUUUUCCCUCUUCACCUCUUGGCAGAUUUCCACAUUUUCCCUGCCCCCCUCCCCCCCCCUGCACUCUUCUGACCCUCAGAACAUUAGGAUGCAAACCGUGCUGCAUGGCGGGCGAGACUAGGGGGGUAGGGCUGCCCAACAAGUGGCUGAGCAGGUUAUAGAAAUGCAGGGUGAUCCAUUUAAAGAUACCUCACCGAUUUCUCCCGAUGCUCCUAAUCUCUUCUCAACAGGUGAUUGAACGUUGCGAAACGAUGUUGUCGAGGUCGGUGGAAGACGUGUUAGAGGCUUUGAAAUUGAACGUUUAAUUUGCGACGAUUUCUCCCUCUUGUUUUCAAUGGGGUACCUGUAAAUGGAUCGCCCGUGUGCACGACCGUUACACGACUUUUGGAGGAAUCGGGUCGCAUGACUUGCGAAAGACUCUCGCAAGCUCGUCUCUGUAUCCUGGCUGUUGCUGCAAAUGCAGCCCGAAUUUAAAACCUCGGGUGUCUGUGCAGAGAGACGGCUUGCUUGGGCGAUUUGGGUGUCUGAUGAAAUCUGAGCGCGCAUACUCGGCUGACGGUAUUGCAUGAGGCGAGGUUGGUUGGUUUGCCCCCCCCUCAUGUUUCUGGAGAGGCUUGUGGAACUUUGCAAAGUGGCAUUGGGCCGAAGGAUUGCGCGAAUUUAAGAACAGAGAGCGCCCUCUGGUGGCAUAUUCAGGGCAUUGGACUUCCCCCACCCCACCCACCCCUCGUCGAGAGAGCAUUAUAAUUCCAGCACUUCAAUACGUGUUCGUGAGAGCCAUUGGCUGCAAUCUUUAUCAAGAGAUUUUGGUUUAUGUAAAAUGUUUCAUAUUGCACAAUAAAGGUGAUGCUGUGGCAUAAAAUGUAUUAAUCGUA